CUUUCAUACCAUCAUAACGCAGAGCUGUCAAACCAUACCCAAAGCUCAAAGGGGCUAAAGAGCACCCAUCUAUCUCUGAUUCCAUAUUUCCAUUCCAAACCCUGGCAGCGCAAAAGUCCACCACCCUAUAUAAUUGCUCGGCUGCUAAAGCAGCUGCUGUGCUCAUAUCCAAAUCAUUCGCUGCACAUCCCUUCCAAGUUAUUCUCCAAGACCGAUUACAUUUUGUUCUUUGAAUUCCUUGGCAGAUUCUUUCAUUCGUCUGCAAGUCAUCUUGGAAGACCUCGGCGUUGCCGCAUUGCGCGGGGAAUCGGACCUAGGCGUCGGUUUCUGCAGUUCUUUUUGUCUCUUUUUUACCAUUAUUCAGUGCAGAUAGGUUCCUUCAGCUAUUCUUGUAAUCCGGUACUUAAAAGCCAGGAAGGGCUUGGAAGAAAGGAAUGACUUGAGGUGUGAGAGGGAUUGCGAAAGCGCUGCCUCCUCUGUCAUUGUUAGCAUGUGCACAACAUUUCAGCUUCAAUUUUAAUUUUUUUAGAGCUGUUCAGGAGCUCUAUUUUAGUUGUUGCUGGCCACCUAUUGGUGUUCGUUUCUGCCGAGGAGAUACUGAAUUGACAAGCAGCGAUGCUACUGUUCAAGAGAAAAGGACGGCUCCUUGCAUCUGCAUGUUGUGUGAUUCUUUUGCUUCUCACACCAACCCAGGGUGAUUCAAAUUCAGAGCAAAGCUAUAAGAUCGUCCAGCCUUUGGAGCUCACACCGAAACUCUCGUCGCAACUCAAGCUCCAUGCUUUCCUGCUCUGGUCUUCAGUUGGCUUCCUGAUGCCCAUAGGCGUGCUGCUGAUCAGAGCCUCCAGUAGUGUCAAAAGCGCCAAAAGCGUCAAGCUUCUCUUCUACUGCCAUGUCGGUUCGCAGAUUGUUGCUGUCGUUCUUGCCACCGCUGGGGCGGUUCUGUCGAUAAGCAACUUCGAGAACGCCUUCAACAACACUCACCAGAGGAUCGGGCUGGCGCUGUACGGCUUCAUCUGGCUCCAGCCGCUCAUCGGCUUCCUGAGGCCAGACAGAGGCGUGAGGUUCAGGAGCGCGUGGUACCUGACGCACUGGCUCCUGGGCAUCGGGAUCUGCGUCGUCGGCGUCGCCAACGUCUACAUCGGCCUGCACACGUACCAGGAGCGGACCGGCCGGAGCGCGCGGCUGUGGACCGUGCUCCUCACCGUGGAGGUCGCGGCCAUGGCGUUCGUCUACCUCUUCCAGGACCGGUGGAGCUACGUGGUGCGGCAGGCGGAAGCCGCCCUGGGCGACGAGCAGAGCGAAGGGUCCACCAUGUACCCGGCGAACGAUCACAAGGAGCUCAUCGUUGUGCCUUAGCCAAUCUUUGAUUUCGGCACUGCUCGCCAGAUUACAAGAUUUUAGCCGUCGAGCAGAUGGAGAUGGAGUAUCAUGAAUGCCGAGCUUGCAUCUGUACAGGUGAAGAAUAGUCGAUGUGCUAGAAAGAAGAGGAGGCCCGGCCGGGGGCCGCUGAGUGCAAGCCUCUGACACGCAUCCAACGCGUCCGUGAUUAGUUGGGUUGCUGGUUUCUAACUCUGACAAUGAAAGAUCACAGAUACUAGUUCGAUCCUUGCGUCGCGUUCCUCCAGGGUAACACAUGAGGCGUGUGGAUUCGCAUUCUUGUGCGAUCUCUCGAUCAUUGCGAAACUAUGUAAAUGAAUAAACAGAUUGGGUCAGAGCAUC